AUGACAGAAGUUUUGCCCGUUGAAGAGGCUCGGCAGGAUCGCAUAGAAACUAUUUUAAGAGGCUUUCAAAUAAAUUGGAUGAACCUUCGUGAUGCAGAUACAGGUAAAAUACUGUGGCAGCACAACGAAGACAUGUCCAAUCCCGACAUGGAGCACGAGGCUAGAGUCCCGAAGCGGAUACUCAAGUGCCGCGUGGUCUCCCGUGAGAUGAACUUCAGCUCCGUGGAGACUAUGGACCGGUUUCGGCUGGAGCAGAAAGUGCUAUUCAAGGGUCGCUGCCUGGAAGAGUGGUUCUUCGAGUUUGGAUACGUCAUACCGAAUUCUACCAACACGUGGCAGUCCAUAAUUGAGUCCGCGCCGGAAUCGCAGAUGAUGCCCGCCCAUGUAUUGAACGGCAACGUGGUCAUCGAGACGAAAUUCUUUGACGGCGACCUCCUUAUUACCACUUCGCGAGUGCGCCUCUUCUACGUG